CUUAAUUUUAAUUAUAAAUAAGUAUUUUUUUCUUAAACAUCGAAAUGAGAAUAUCUCUAAGUGGGUCAACGUCCAUCAUCGAUCUUGUCGACCCGGAACCGCCGCCCUCGAAACAGGAAAUUGGAUAGCAACUUCUUCCGGAGUGAGAACGAGGCAAAGCGAGGUGAAUUUCGUGUUGUCCAUCUGCUUGCUGUAUCUUAGUUGUACGCCCACCAUGAUUUCUCCGAAACCUCCAUCCCCAUCUCCGAACAUAUGUAUAUAUAUUUGAUGUCCCCAUUUCAUUCAAAGCAAUCAUAUAUAUAUAUAUAUACCCACACAGACAAACAAACAAACAGCAUAUAUCCCCACACACUGUUUCGAAUACCCCAUCAUGGAAUGGAGAAGAAGUGUGUCGAACUUCCAAGAUCUACUGCCGCUCAUGGCGGAAAGGCUCGGCGGGGAUGGAUUGAUUGGCGAGCUGUGCAAUGGGUUUGAGGUGCUCAUGGAUAAGGAGAAAGGGGUGAUCACGUUCGAGAGCCUCAAGAAUAACUCUGCUUUGCUGGGAUUGCAGGACUUGACGGAUAAUGACCUCCGGUGCAUGCUUGAAGAAGGGGACUCCGACGGAGAUGGGGCCCUUGAUCAGAUGGAGUUUUGUGUGCUCAUGUUUAGAUUGAGCCCUGAAUUGAUGGAACAGUCCCAGUUUUUGCUAGAAGAGGCUCUUUUUCAUCUGUUUUAACACUGACUAUACUUGAUUUUUCCUUCGUAACCCCAUCCAUAACCAUUACAUGUACAAUUUUCAUUCAUUUUGUAAUAAUCAUACUGAUGAAAUUCAUGGGUUUCUCUUUUCUCCCUACUUAAAUGCACUGAGUGAAUGUCAUUCUUUGUCACUGGUGUUGCACCCCACUGUCAAGUAAAGCUAAACAUGGCUUGCUUUUCAACAGAAUUUUGUUUUGUUUUUUGUUCACAGGCCGUAUAUAUGCUUUUACACAUAUGGAACUGUUGAUGUCGUGUUUAUCUUUAUCUGAUGGGAUACUACCUUCUUCUCCUUCUUGUUCACAUUUUUAAAUAUGUAUAAACUGUAAACUUUUUGGUUCAAAUAUGGACUUUUGUUCUCCAGUAAACAAACUUCUUGGUUCAAAUAUUAACAGUU